UCUCUGUGCUCUGGUAGGUCCACAAUGGUACAGCCAGCAUCUUGCAGCACAAUGGUUGCAAGGUGGUGAGCUGGGGGAGAGUGAUUCAGCAUCAGCAGACCUCGGUUCCGUCCACUUCUGCUUUAUUUCUUUUCUCCCAUCGCAUUUCUUUGUAUAGGUAGACAUUUAUAUAUAUUUUUUUCUAAUUUAUUUUACUCCCUCUUCGCCAUCUUUAUGAACGUUUUCACUGAGACUUCAACGCGCAAUGGCAACGUUUCCCGUCGGGAUGUUUUGAAAAGGACUGACUCCGGACUGGGAUCGUCAUCAGCUGGCACGGAAUGGUAUUUAUGAGCAGACAUUUCUUAUAUAACUGCAGCCAACCAGUCCUGGAUGUAAAGAUAGCCUUUUGUCAGGUGUGUGUUCCUUACAGGUAAAAAAGGGUUUUGGAAAACAAGUGGAUGUGUCAUAUAUUGCCAAGCAUUACAACAUGAGCAAAAGCAAAGUGGACAACCAGUUCUACAGCGUGGAAGUGGGAGAUUCCACCUUCACAGUUUUAAAACGUUUCCAGAAUUUAAAGCCCAUUGGCUCCGGAGCUCAGGGAAUUGUGUGUGCGGGCUAUGACGCUGUCUUGGACAGAAAUGUAGCCAUCAAGAAGCUGAGCAGACCCUUCCAGAACCAGACCCACGCCAAGAGGGCAUACCGGGAGUUGGUGCUCAUGAAAUGCGUCAAUCACAAAAAUAUUAUCAGUUUAUUAAAUGUCUUCACACCACAGAAAUCAUUAGAGGAAUUCCAGGAUGUCUACCUAGUGAUGGAGCUGAUGGAUGCCAACUUGUGCCAGGUGAUUCAGAUGGAGCUUGACCAUGAGAGAAUGUCCUACCUGCUCUACCAGAUGCUGUGCGGUAUCAAACAUCUGCACUCAGCCGGAAUCAUUCACAGGGAUCUCAAACCAAGCAAUAUAGUUGUGAAGUCAGACUGCACCCUGAAGAUCCUGGACUUUGGCCUAGCUCGGACUGCGGGCACCAGUUUCAUGAUGACCCCUUAUGUUGUGACUAGAUACUACAGAGCCCCAGAGGUCAUCCUGGGAAUGGGCUACAAAGAGAACGUGGAUAUUUGGUCGGUGGGGUGCAUUAUGGGAGAAAUGGUGCGCCACAAAAUCCUUUUCCCUGGCCGGGACUACAUUGACCAGUGGAACAAGGUGAUCGAGCAGCUGGGCACGCCCUCGCCAGAGUUCAUGAAGAAGCUUCAACCCACAGUGAGGAACUACGUGGAGAACCGGCCAAAGUACGCGGGCCUCACCUUCCCCAAGCUCUUCCCCGACUGCCUUUUCCCCGCCGACUCUGAGCACAACAAACUCAAAGCGAGCCAGGCCAGAGACCUGCUGUCUAAGAUGCUGAUCAUCGACCCCGCUAAGCGGAUAUCGGUGGACGAGGCCUUACAGCACCCCUACAUCAACGUGUGGUACGAUCCAGCCGAGGUGGAGGCGGCCAGAGAUCUCAUCCAAAUAUCCAUGCCUCCACCUCAGAUCUACGACAAGCAGCUGGAUGAGAGAGAACACUCCAUUGAUGAAUGGAAAGAACUAAUCUACAAAGAGGUGAUGAACUUUGAGGAGAGAACGAAGAAUGGCGUUGUGAAGGGACAACCUUCACCUUCAGGUGCAGCCGUGAACAGCAGCGAGAGCCUCCCUCCCUCCUCCUCCAUCAACGACAUCUCCUCCAUGUCCACCGACCAGACCCUGGCCUCAGACACUGACAGCAGCCUGGAGACCUCUGCAGGACCCCUGGGGUGUUGCAGGUGACUAGCCGCCUGCCUGCGCAACCCCAUGUUCUUCCGAAGGUGAAGACCGAAAUGUCCAACGUGAAAACACCAGGAAAAAAAAAAAAAGAAAAAGAGAAAAGGAGUAAAGAUCAAAAUUAAUAUAUUAAGAACAAAAAAAAAUAAUAAUGUGAGUUAUGGAAACACAGAAUCUGAAAUGAAGAAAUCUAAAAAGCCUGUGCAUUGUCAUUCAAAAACAGCAGUGGUAUUUAAACUGAAGUAAAUGGGCUGAUAUGUUAAUGAUCCUCUAGUUGCUUUGCUUAUAUUACCCCACCCCCAACGCCCCUCCACAUAUCUUGUAUAUGGCAUCCAAACAAACAUGACCAAGUGCUUAGACUUGCAUCUCCUGCAAAGUGCAUAUUGGCUGGCUGCUGGUCUCCCAACUCCUUACAGAAGCAUUGUGGCAAGGUGGCCCCUCCCCUUCCUUUCCCCUGUUCAACUCUCAUUUAAUUACACUGCUGUAUUUUGACCCCUAAGCUUUGUAUGAGACACCCCCCCACCCACCCACCCACCCACCCAUCCCCAAAUGUAAGGUUGCCUGAUUUGUGUGUUUUUAUGUGGUAAUUCUGCAGGGAUAUGUAGUCGUUCUCACCCAGAGCGACGCCCCCUCUCCCUCCCCUCUUUUCCCUCCCCUUCCCUUAGCUAAUUGUAAAUAUUGUAAUUCUGUACAGCUGAAGGGCAGAUGGAGUGGGACUGAUGGCCAGUACACUGGGAGUUUUUUUUCUUUCUGACUUGCGCACCUUGCCACAUCAUCGCUAUCCACCUCAGUUGCCCCUGCCUAUCGCUGUAGUCCUGCAUGGUUAGAGUUAAACAAUGCUAAUCUCACUGUAUGCUAAAAUGAGUCUGUAUAGAGACUUUUGUUUAUAUACGAUGUAAAUUAACUCAACUCCAGACGUGGUGGGGAGGCGGAGGACGCGUGGGCGUGGGUGCUGGUGAACCACAGGCUGUUAAAGGGUCGGCGCGUGUUCGUAUUUCAGUUGUUUCGAUUGUUCUCAGACUCCUUAAGAUGACUUUUAAGAAGUCUGGUCUGCGUGUUAAGGCCCUUUUGUUUUCCCUGGCAACAUACGACGAAGGGUCCCCCCACCCCUCCAACACAACACGGGCUGGCCAACAGCCCUGCAUGUCAUUGUGUACCAUUAACUCCUCACAGGCACAGGAGGUGGGCGUGUUUCACUGUGUGGCGUAACCACGAAACAGACUAUUCCUAUUUAUUUGACUCUUUAAAAGCAGAGAUCUCUUUUAGAGCGGGACACAAGAAGCAGGAAGUCUAAAGGCAGGCGAUGAGUGUUAACUUUGUAGCAAUGACUUGUUUUCUCAUUUUUACUACAUGCACACACACACAAAAAAGAAAUUUAACAUUGUAGAACUGGACAGAGGCCACAGGUGCUGGAUGGUUUAUUUAUUGAUUAAUUUAUUUUGAUAGAAGGAGUCUGAAUAUGGCAAGUGCCUUUUGGAAUGAAGCAUCGCAGGUACAGAAGUGAUAUUAAUAUUUAUUUAUUUUUUAGUGUUUUUUCCUCUGCUUCUUCUCGUUCUGCCUUAACAUCUAUCCAUACAGUUUUCCUCCAAUGGUUUGACUUAAAAAAAACAAAAAAAACACUUUUUUAUUUAUUUUUUAUUUUUUAUUUAUUAUAAACUUUUUAUUUCUCCUGCAAAGAAAAUAGAUAAAACCUUGUAACCAGAAUCAACUGGAUCAUUAGCAGACAAAUACUUCCAUUCAUUGUUUUACAUUGAACAUUGCGGCGGCAUCGCAGCUGCUUUGCAAUCGAACACAUUGUAAAAAAGAUGCAAAGUAAGUUCGGCUGAUAUUCCUGUUGCUCCCAUAACUCUCCCAUCGUAGUAUUUUUAACUAAUGCCACUCUUUGCUGCGUACACAACGGUUAACUGCUACCAGCCAUGGCUUUCUUUAACGCUUCAGACUAAACUGAAUCUAACUUAAAACCAAGCAGGUGUAUUCUUUCUGUAUUAUUAGUUUAAAGUUAAGUUAGUUUAAAAGAAAGUUUCAUUACUUUCCUCCAAUAUUUUGGUUUUUGUUUCAGGCUUGGUGGAUCCACAGACAAACGCCUGUUGUUGAAAGGUUUAAGAAGCUAAAUCAGGUAUAGUCAUCAUAAUAAAAUAGACGACGUGUUUCAUGUGUUUUAUCAUUUGACAAUUAGGUACAUUAAAACCUACAAAAAAAAAAUAAGGUUUUUAGAUGAAGGACACAUUUAAUAAGACCCAUGGUACUGGCUCAUAUUUAAGAUAAGAUAAGAUAAUCCAAGGAAAAGUAAAAAUAGCCAAUUAAACAGAGGAGUAGGUAAAUAAAUACGGUGUACCGGGAUAAAGGUUGAAAUCCAGGCCUAACGUUAAGAAGAUUUUUUUCUUAUCACGUCAUUCAGCCGUCGUCAGUUUUAGCUGCAGCAGAUCUUCCUCCUUCUCCUCUUUUCAAGUCUCAGCCCACCUUAUUUCUGCACACACGAUCUGUCAUAGCCCGCCCUCCCUUUUAAAUUACUUGACAAAAAGCUACUCUGUUAACACUCUUUUCCGCCUGUGACUCGUGUACAGCGAACCACACACACACACACAGACACACACACACACACACACAGACAGACUAACAGUACCUUCACAGAGCUAAGAGGGUAGCUGAGGGCGGCGUCUCCAGGAUAAGCUACGGCUAGCUUGGCUUUCUGUGCGGGGUCUGGCCAGGGCAACAAUCUUUCAAACAACAAAACAGGGUGCAACUUUAAAAAUUCUUCGUUUUGUUUUUUGUUUUUUUUCUUCUUCUUGUUUUCCAACGGGGUCUGGAGUGUUUGAGUCGACCCCCUUACGCCACAAACACACACACACACACACCAAGUACCGUUGGAGUUUUUCUACAGGGCAUUUUAAACCAUCCCAAUACUGUGUUUCUCUGUAUCUUUACAUGCUUUACUGACACAUGUUAAUGUCUUUUCUGUUUUCUGAAUGUUGGAUCUUUUUAUAUCCCUCCAGACAAUAAGUAAUUGUGAUUGAAUAUAUAUAUACAUAUAUAUAUAUAUAAACAAAAGGUGCUUGUUAGGGGCACCUUAUGUAGAGGAACCAUCAGCUGGGUGGUCAGCACUGAAUGUAGAAGUGAAUGAUUUCAGAGUCAGGCGCGUCGCUGCUGCUCUGCCCACCGGUGUGUGUGACUUCAAACCAACCAGCAUUCAACGCUAACUGUAUGUAAGGUUGAAGCGGAAGAGGUGAUCCGGUGUCUGGAUAAGUUAUUUUCCAGCAUGUUUGUUUGUUUGUUUGUUUGUUUCUUUAUAUAAAAUCUUUUUUUGUGUGUGCGAUUGCUUUUGAGGAUGUUGGCGAAGAGUCGCCGCAGUAGUUGAUGAUGUGUGUUUUCAUCAUGUUCAGUCACACUUUUAAAGAAAUGUGUCACAACUGUUAAUUGUUUCUUUUUUUUUUAAUCUGUUUUGGGUUCAGGAUCGGUACAAAUCACGUCCGUUAGCCAUUCAUUUCUAAUCUCGUUUGUAAUUUGUAAUGUCUGGACUCGUCAUUCAGCCAUAAUAAUAUUGCCAAUAUGAAGAAAAUAAUUCCAUCCGAGACGUUAGGGUGCAUCUCUUAGUCGGCUGUGCCAGCAUCAAAAUCUUUGGACUCAGCGCAGGUGAAUCCCCGACUUAUUAAUUUUCACUUUUCACUGUAAAUAAAAACAAUCCAACGACGCAAUAAACUCUUUAUUGCACUCAGACAGGGAGGCAAGCUACUUCAAGGGUCAGGCAGGUGAUGCUAAAAAAAAAAACAAAAAAAAAAACGUUUCGAGUCUUAAAUGUGGAACUCUGCAAUGAUGAAACCCUGUAUAGCUCAUCUGAAUCAGGUGACGUUGUUCUUCGGUUCUUUUCUGAUUCCUUCUCUCUCUCUCUCUCUCUCUCUCUCUCUCGUUUCUUUUACUCCGUGCUGUUUUAAAAAUCGAAUCAUUCUUUUGACAUUGUCAGGUUGAGAAACAAACAAAAAAAAAACAUCAUAAAAGGGAAAAAAAAAGAGAAAAAAAAAGAGAAAUUGUAUCUGUUUCACGCUGAUCUCAAAAAGCUUCAGGCUCUAGCGUUUCAAAGUAAAGUCAAAAAAACAAAAUGCAGAUGAAAAAAAAAAUUUACUGAAAGCUGUUACUGUAAACACGACAUUUUAAAGGAACUGUGUAUGUAAAAAUAGUAUAUGUAUGUGAUUGAAAAUAAACAAAACCUUUGAUCUUGGA